CUCGCUUGUGACGACCAAAGACUUCGCGGAUAUCAUAUCCUCUCUUCUCCACAUCCUCGUCUUUGAAGCAUCUCGCUUUGUUCUAAGCCCAAGAUAUGUUACGCAGUGGCCAGUGACGGGCAAAGUGUUGCUGGUGGUCCCCUCACAAUCUCGCUCUGAGCGGGGUAUCUCCGACCUCCGAGAGUUGCCUUGUAUCAAUCUCAUUGAUUUCAUUUACAAUCCUGAACCUUUCCAAAAAUGGCCAUGAAUUUCGUGACAUUUAACCAGGACUACAGCUACUUGGCUGUGGCAACAUCUAAGGGAUUUCAGAUAUUUACAACUGAACCCUUUGCCAAGAGCUAUGAAGCUAAAGAGGGGAAUAUUGCUGUCAUUGAGAUGCUAUUCUCAACCUCUCUUGUAGCCCUUAUCUUAUCACCAAGACGCUUGCAGAUUCAAAACACCAAGAGACAAUGCACAAUAUGCGAAUUAACGUUUCCAACAACGGUUCUCGCAGUGAAGCUGAACCGCAAGCGCCUUGUUAUUGUCCUUGAGGAUCAGAUCUAUCUAUAUGAUAUCCAGACCAUGAAGCUUUUGUCCACCAUUGAUACUUCACCAAACCCCAACGCAAUUUGUGCCCUUGCGCCGUCUUCAGAGAAUUGUUACAUGGCAUACCCUCUUCCACAAAAAGCCCCUGCAGCCGCAAACACGCCAGCGCAUGCGCCCCCUGGAACAACACAUGUGUCUCCUACGACCGGGGACGUUCUAAUCUUUGAUGCCGUAAAGCUAGAAGCCAUCAACGUCAUCGAAGCCCAUCGCUCCCCUCUGGCGCUCAUUGCGUUGAACAGCGACGGGACUUUACUUGCUACCGCCUCAGAUAAAGGAACCAUCAUCCGCAUUUUCUCAGUUCCAGAUGGCCACAAGCUGUACCAGUUCCGACGUGGCUCCAUGCCGUCACGAAUUUACAGCAUGUCUUUCAACACCACAUCCACGCUAUUAUGUGUCUCUUCAUCCACCGAGACUGUCCACAUCUUCAAGUUGACCCAGCAAGGACCAUCGUCAGACGGUUAUUCGUCGCAUUCUCCUCCAGGUCAGGACCAUGGCUCUCCGCCAAAUUCCUAUGGAUAUUCACCCGAGGAGGACGAGACGGGCGGCGAUGCUGGCUCAGAUUCUUCCUUGCGGAAGCACAACGGCACUUUGAUGGGGAUGCUUCGCCGAACCUCUCAAAACGUCGGCGGCGCAGUUGCCGCCAGAAUGGGCGGAUAUCUUCCCAAAGGAGUUAGUGAGAUGUGGGAGCCAGCGCGUGACUUUGCUUGGAUCAAAUUGCCGCGAUCGAACCCAGGCCCUGGUGGAAACGCAGGCUCCGGGCCGUUGAGGAGUGUGGUUGCCAUGAGUAGCAACACUCCCCAAGUCAUGGUUGUCACUAGUGAUGGCAACUUCUACGUUUUCAACAUCGAUCUGUCGAAAGGUGGAGAAGGGACUUUGACGAAACAAUACUCAGUUGUUGAUUCAACCGAUAGGCUAGGCUACACUACGGAGUAUUGAGAGCCAAGCCCCUGGAAGAUAAAUCAAAGUAUAAAGGGAUAGUUCGGCUCUUAGGAGUUCGUUGCUCUCCCAGGGCCUCUUUUCUAUUGUUUCUUUAUGUUUGGCAUUGGCGUUCACUGCCGCCUUCUGCCAUGAAUCAUAGUUCUCUUUUUGAGUCUUUAGCGUCUCAAUACUCUCCGGCGUUUUUAGUCAGGAGUUCCCAUUUCGUAUUGGCGGGUCUGCUUCAUUUCAUGGCUGGUUAUUUAUCGAUAUAUCCGCUGCUUCCAAAUCCAAGGUUUUGAAUAGCCGCUAUAGAUUCUCAUACAUUUCCU